AUCUCUUUUCUUCAAACUUGAACACCAAUGAAUUGUAACUAUAAAGUAUAAACCCUAAAAACCCCUUUUCUUCUCCACCAGCAAUGGCGCUCCUUCUUCGCCUCAAAACAACCAGACCCAAAUCCCACUCUCUCACCAACUCUCCUUCUCUCCACCACCUCUUCUCCACCACCGGCGACGACGGUGGCGACCAUGGCAAAAAACCAUCAUUCUUCGACUCUUUACGAGAUCUCAAAGGCUCACUCAAACGACAACCAACCUUCAAUUCGUCACAAAAUGAUUCCGUUUCCGAUGUCAUGAGCAAAAUCCAGAGUUUUCGAAACAGAACCGAGGCACCAGUUUCCGACGAUCGAUCUCCAGCGAAACUAAUCUCGUUCCAGGAGAUUUACAAGAACCGAUCCAGUUUAAAAACCGGUUCGGAAGGAUCAAACCAUGGUACCGCCAUCAGUGGCGGAGGCGGCACUGGAGGAGGUAAAUCGUUGUUGGGUUUCGAUGCGAUUCGAGAAAGUUUAUCAAAGCUCAACAAUACGAAUCAAGGGUCACUUCCGAAAUUGAGGUCGAGUUCGCCGGAGAUUAAUGGGCCUGGUAGUUUGCCGGCUAACAUUUUCGGAAAGGAGUUAAGGGAAGUAGCGAAUUCGGAGAAUAAAUUCGUUAGGUUUUAUAAGCCUGAUGAAUUGGGUGAGAAAUUGAAGAAAUUGAGACCUCAAGUGAAAGGAAAAGAUUGGUUUUCAAUUGCUGAAUUGAGUGAUAGGUUGAAGAAAGUGAGGGAAAUGGAUGAAAUUGAAGCUAGUUCCAAUACCAAUGACGACAUUAAUAAAACAAUACCUUUCGGGAGUUUGAGAAAUGCAAUUGGACAUAUUAAACCUGAGCCGCCAAAGAAAGUUCCACUGCAGAGACUUGAUUUUUUGAACAUAAUGAAUGGGACUCCAAGUUACUUGACAAAGCCUCCUAAAGAGCAUCUUGUUGAAAAGUAUUUUCACCCAGAUAACAUGUCCUCUGCUGAAAAGUUGAAAAUUGAGCUCACAAAGGUUAGAGAUGAAUUUAAGAUGUCUGAGUCAGAUUGUGGCUCUGCUCCUGUUCAAGUUGCGACACUCACUACCAAGAUUAAACAUCUAUCAUCAGUUCUACACAAGAAGGAUGUGCAUUCUCGGAAGGGUCUGAUAGCAAUGGUUCAAAAGAGGAAAAAGUUACUGAAAUACCUUAGAAGAACUGACUGGGAUUCCUAUUGUGUUGUUAUCUCUAAGCUAGGUCUACGUGAUAAUCCAGAAUAUACUUACAAAGCUCGGACCGGUAAAUCAGGCGACGUAGCCAAUUAAAUAAUUUCCAGCAAAAACUAAUUGAAAAAAAGAGAAAAAAGAACACCCAGCUGAUUUUAUCCAGUCUGAGUGUCUGACUAGCUAGGUCAAUCCUGGCUGUUUGUUUUCAUCUGAAACUGGUGAAGUUGCUUAGUCACUGGUUUCCCAGAUUUGGCUUCUACAGUUAUGUUCCAUGUAUCAAUGGCUGAACAAAUUUGUUCCAUAUUUUUCUUUCUUUCCGUACGACGAUUAGAAUAAUAUUGGUAUCAGCCCAUUAUAUUACUUUUACCAGACUAGGUUUAAUUUUUGGUAACUGUUUAAUUUCCUAUACAUUGUUUAUUUUGUGGAAUUCUUGGCUGUAUUCUUCCACCAUAUUUCUUGUAUCAUAAUUGAAAAUGGAUAUUUAAGUUAGGAAAUUGUUAUGUUUGGUUCA